AUGCCAGAGGUGAGGUUCUACUGUGGAGAGCCAGGUUGGUUGCCAUGGGAGGAUCUGGCUAGCUUUGAAAGGAACCUACGGGACACACUCUUUGCUCUGCUGUCCGAAGCACUUGGCCUCCACCCCUACCACCUCGCCGACAUGGGUUGCAACCAGGGCCAGAUGAUACUCUGCCACUACUACCCCCCAUGCCCAGAGCCCUCCCUCGCCAUCGGCACCACCCGCCACUCCGACUCCGGCUUCCUCACGGUGCUCCUCCAGGACAGCGUCGGCGGGCUCCAGGUCCUCCACGAGAACCGGUGGGUCGACGUCACGCCAACACCGGGGGCGUUCAUCGUCAAUGUGGGCGAUCUCUUACAGAUGAUCUCGAAUGACAGGUUUAGGAGCGUGGAGCACAGAGUCAUCGCGAAGAAUGAAGCACCGAGGGUCUCGAUCGCGUGUUUCCCAAGCAAUCCAAGUUCGGAGAGGAUAUAUGGCCCCAUCAAGGAGCUGCUGUCGGAGAAGAACCCGCCGUUGUACAGGGAGACACUCGCUAGGGACUAUGUCGCGCAUUACUACUCUGUCGGAUUGGGCCCCAUGAUGGCCAUCAAUGAUUUUCGUCUAUGA